AUGCCUGCCAAAACCCUCUCUCGCGCCGAGGUCGCCAAGCACAACACCGAGGACUCGCUCUGGUGUAUCAUCGACCACCGCGUCUACGAUCUGACCGAUUUUGUCGACGCCCACCCUGGCGGUGCGGUCGUCUUGAACCAGGUCGCCGGCAAAGACGCAACCACAGAUUUCUAUAACCUUCACCGACAAGAAGUCCUGGAGAAGUACCGUGAUCAGCUAUGCAUUGGUACCAUUGAAGGCGAGAAGCCAGAGGUCAUCGAGCCCCAAGUGGGCGCCUUGAGCCCGGUCCCGUACGCGGAGCCUCUCUGGCUGCGUCCCGAGUUCAAGAGCCCUUACUACAAGGACAGCCACCGCCGGUUGCAGAAGGCGAUGCGCGAGUUCACGGAUAAAUAUAUUACUCCCGAGGCCCAGGAGAAAGAGCAGGACGGCACCUACAUCAGCCAGGAGCUGAUCAACCGGAUGGCCGAGACCAACAUUCUUGCCAUGCGGCUGGGUCCCGGCAAGCACCUGCACGGACGGUCAAUCCUUGGAGGGGUGAUCGACGGCAAGGAAUUCGAUUACCUGCACGACAUGAUCGUCACGCAAGAGAUGGUCCGGGCCAAUGCCCGCGGUUUCCAGGAUGGAAACAUGGCUGGUAUGGCCAUCUCAUUGACCGCUGUGCAGCAGUGGCUUCACAACCAGGAGCUUAAAGAGCGAGUCACCGCGGAGGUUCUGUCCGGCCAGAAGAAGAUGUGCCUUGCCAUCACCGAGGCCUUUGCUGGGUCUGACGUGGCGGGCCUCAAGACGACCGCCGAGAAGACUCCUGAUGGCAAGUUUUACAUUGUCAAUGGUACCAAGAAGUGGAUCACCAACGGCAUGUUUGCCGACUACUUCGUGACCGGAUGUCGGACCGAGAAGGGAUUCUCAGUCCUGCUGAUCCCCCGCGGCGAGGGCGUGGAGACCAAGCAGAUCAAGACCUCUUACUCGACUGCCGCAGCUACUGCCUUUGUCCAGUUCGAGAACGUCAGGGUCCCCGUCGGCAACCUUUUGGGGGAGGAGCACAAGGGUUUCAUUGUGAUCAUGAGCAACUUCAACCACGAGCGGUUCAUGAUGGCCGGUGCUGUCGUUCGGAUGUGCAUGACCAUCGUGGAAGAGUGCUUGAAGUGGUGCAACCAACGUAUUGUCUUUGGCAAGAAGCUCAUUGAGCAGCCCGCAAUCCGCCAGAAGCUUGCCCGUAUGAUUUCUCUCACCGAGUCCAACCAGGCUUGGCUCGAGUCCAUCGCGUAUCAGAUGUGCAACAUGUCCUACGCUGAGCAGGCGGUUCACCUUGGUGGGCCCAUCGGCCUGCUUAAGUCACACUCCACCCGUGCGGCGCAGGAAAUCGCAGACUACUCGACCAAUAUCUUCGGGGGCCGUGGUCUCACUCAAAGUGGCAUGGGUAAAGUGGUGGAGAUGUUCCAUCGCACAUACAAAUUCGAUGCCAUCCUGGGUGGUACUGAAGAGAUCCUGGGAGAUCUUGGUGUGAGACAAGCGAUGAAGAAGUUCCCCAAGUCGAUGCUUUGA